AUGUCUACUAACGCAUCCCUGUCCCUUAGCUAUUGGGGUCAGAACUCAUAUGGUGCUACCCACACCGACACCGCGAACUUCCAGAAGAACCUCUCGUACUACUGCCAGGAUGAAACCAUCGACGCCAUACCCCUGGCUUUUCUGAACGUGUUCUUCAGUACAGGCAACCUUCCCUCCCUCGAUCUCUCCAACAUCUGCAAUGUCGUGGAUGAUGCAGUCUUCUCAGGCACUAACCUGCCCGACUGCUCGUUCAUGGCCGCGGACAUCCAGGCUUGCCAGGCUGCGGGAAAGAUCGUCACGCUCUCUCUUGGAGGUGCGACGGGUGGCGCAGGCUUUUCUUCCGCAGACGAGGCGACCUCCUUUGGUGAUACCAUCUGGAACUUGUUCCUUGGCGGCUCGAACGAUACUCGUCCAUUUGGGGAUGCUGUUCUUGAUGGCAUCGACCUUGAUAUCGAGGGGGGGAGUACCCAAUACUUCGACUCGUUCGUCAACCGCAUCCGCUCCCUCGCGAGCAGUGCGAGCAAGCAGUACUACGUGACCGGCGCUCCCCAGUGCCCCUACCCUGACGCUUACAUGUCCACCGUCCUCAACGCCGUAGCGUUCGAUGCAGUCUACGUCCAGUUCUACAACAAUUACUGCGGGCUGCCCAACUUCAACGACUCCAACUCGUGGGACUUCAGUUCCUGGGAUGACUGGGCGAAGAACACCGCCGUCAAUAAGGACGUCAAAAUCUACAUAGGCGCGCCUGCCUCGAGCACCGCCGCAAAUUCAGGAUACGUCGACGCCUCCACACUCGCGAACAUCGCGCUCGAGACACGCAGCCAAUACUCUUCUUUUGGUGGCGUAAUGCUCUGGGACGCUUCGCAGGCCUACGUGAACGGUCGGUUCGAUCAGGCCGUCAAGAAUGCUAUCCGCGAGAGCGACUCCAUCAUCUCCAGCUCGGCCUUCGCGACAUCGGCCUCCAAGGUGUCGGGCACCACCCGUGUCGCUUCUGCCAAAUUCACCACGGCGGCAACAGUCGACUCGUGUGCGGAUAUCCCCGCAUGGGUGGCCAACGUAGCCUACAAUAGCGCGCAGAACGUGAUCCACAAUGGCCAUCUCUUCACUGCGAAGACGUUGACGGCGGGCAGCACUCCGGGGAGUGCGUCCAGCGAUUGGACCGAUAAUGGGGUUUGUGCCUCGUACAAUGCCCCGAUCCCGACUCAGACUUCAGCGGCUCAGUCCGCCCUCAGUCCGGCGCGAUCCCCAACUCGGUGAACGAAGCAAUUUUUUCCAGAUCGCGCUUCACGAAAGCGAUGCUUAUUUUAAAGACACCAAAGUCAC